AUGCUGCGCCAGCUGCUGCUCCUCAUCUACCUCGUCUCCAUCACCACCGGCUCGAUUCUAUGUCUGAAGGGACGGGGCGAGGACUACAACGUCAAGUGCUUGGACGGGAUCGCUUGUGGCACCUUCAUCCCCUUCGAAUACCCCUGCGCAGAGUUGCGGACAUGCUACAAGAUGUGUACGGACCGUGAAUCCACCACCCACUUACUUGACGGAAGAGAGGUCUGGGGCAAUCUGACGUGCUGCUGGAGCGACAAUUGUAAUGCCCUCAACGGAAGCCCGGGCACGAUGCCUGCCAAGUUCGCCAUGGUCAGCGCCAUCCUCGUCGCCGUCAUCUUCAACGAGUGGCCCUGC